GAGGUGAUGUGAACCUCUUGCCUCAAAUCAGCAUUUUUUUUCUGCAUUAUCUAAAUGUAAAAGUGACGUGGUGAGGUUUUAGGUAGGGCCAGUUAAAUAAACUGAAAUAAGUACUGUUAUUUAACACUAUUACAGCCUGCUGUUAUAAAUUACAACCUGGCUGUCUAUUAUGAUUAUGAAAGGGAAUGGUGCUCUCUUCUUAAGCGUAUUGUGGGUUUCACCAGAAGACCAAGCACAGAUGUCUGAAAAGAGCUAGAGCUUUAAAUUCAAAAGGUGUCUGGCUCUGAUGAGAUUGAGGAGGGAAGCGUUGGAAGAGAGCUUCCCACUCAAGGCCAGUACUGCGCUUCUGGCAUUAAAACUGUGUGAUACACCUUCUGUGCCCCUUUUGAAAUAAGAUCUUGGAAAUUAAUGAAAGGAGGUAACCCCACACUAAUCCCUCUUUGUACUGUCGAGGAGAAGAAUGCGGUAAUGAGAAACUGAGUGACUUGACUAAAGCCACGUGAGGAGUUUGUAGCAGAGUCAAAAGUAGAUCCAAGCUCUCAGCUGCCAGGUUUUGGCACUGAAAUGCUUCUUUUGGUUGACUGUGGACACAUACGUGAGCAGUUGUUUGUGAAGCUUGUUAUCACUGUGCACUUAUUCGGACCCACUCGUUGCCACUGAACGUACCAAUAAAGUCUGUCUUUUGGCCUCAGUGACCUGAGGUGGGUUAGGAUUAUGGAGGUUCGUGUCCCUGUCACAUAAAAUGGAUUAUAUCCCCCAGGGUUAGCGGGAAUUUGAUACCUCAUUGAGAUCAGCUGUACUCUGUUCUGUAUAGGGAAAAACACUCCCAUCUCUGUUUGCAGCAUCAGUUUUCUGUUCCUUCUCUUGUAUGAAGAAUGGAACAGGCUAAGUUUGAAGCCCACAGGAGGUGUUACGUGUGGUACGGAAAUGAUAGAGAGUCGGGGCUCUGAUUCAUUGGUGGGGAUGGCAUAGCACAGAUGACAUCUCAGCUCCCAGCUGCCCACCCCACCCUGCUCCCCGUUCCUGGACAGCUGAGCCACAGUGAAUCACCUGCUGAAUCACUGAGUUUUGAACGUGAUGUUUUGAGGUAAAUCAUCACUGCUGAUGGUUUGCCUUAAAACUCCUGACUGCAAACUGCAGGAGUUCAUCAGCUGAUCGAUGAGCAGCUCAGCACGCAGGAGGCUGGGCUGGUGAGCUGCUGCGGCCUCGAGAGCUGCACCGUGCUGCUGGAGGGGAGCCCUGACAGUGUGCAGAGGAAAGGAUGCCGCAGACACCUCCCUUUGCAGCGAUGUUUGACAGCAGCGGCUACAACAGGAAUCUCUAUCAGUCCAAAGAGGACAGCUGUGGAGGCCUCUAUUACCAUGACAACAACCUCUUGUCAGGGUCUCUGGAAGCUCUGAUCCAGCACUUAGUACCCAACGUAGAUUACUAUCCUGAUAGGACGUACAUAUUCACCUUCCUUCUCAGUUCACGCCUCUUCAUGCAUCCCUACGAGCUCAUGGCCAAAGUUUGCCAUCUGUGCAUUGAGCAGCAGAGACUAAGUGAGCCUGGCCUGGACAAGAACCGGAUACGAAAAAUUGCACCCAAAAUCCUGCAGCUGUUGACUGAAUGGACAGAGACGUUUCCUUAUGAUUUCCGAGAUGAAAGAAUGAUGAGAAACUUAAAGGAGCUGGCACAGAGAAUAGCCAGUGGUGAUGAGAUGUAUCGGAAGAACGUACAGCAGCUCCUCCAGAACCUGCUUCGAAAGCUCGCAACUGUUAGCCAGUAUGAGGAAGUACUUGCAAAAAUUAAUGCAACGUCCACAGAUCGCCUCACGGUCUUAAAGACCAAGCCCCAGUCCAUCCAGAGGGACAUAAUCACAGUCUGCAACGAUCCCUACGCAUUAGCUCAGCAGCUUACACACAUAGAGCUUGAGAGACUUAAUUAUAUUGGACCAGAAGAAUUUGUCCAGGCAUUUGUGCAAAAGGACCCUUUGGAUAAUGACAAGAGCUGCUACGGAGAUCGAAAGAAGACCCGUAAUCUGGAAGCCUAUGUAGAAUGGUUCAACAGGCUCAGUUACUUGGUUGCAACAGAAAUCUGUAUGCCUGUGAAGAAGAAGCACAGAGCAAGAGUGAUAGAAUAUUUCAUUGAUGUGGCACGGGAAUGUUUUAAUAUUGGCAACUUUAACUCCUUAAUGGCUAUUAUUUCUGGCAUGAACAUGAGUCCUGUCUCUCGAUUAAAGAAAACGUGGGCAAAAGUGAAGACAGCCAAGUUUGAUAUUCUUGAGCAUCAGAUGGACCCUUCCAGCAAUUUUUAUAAUUACCGGACUGCUCUGCGUGGAGCCGCUCAGAGGUCCCUGACAGCUCAUAGCAACAGAGAGAAGAUCGUGAUACCUUUCUUCAGCCUCUUGAUCAAAGAUAUUUACUUCCUCAAUGAGGGCUGUGCCAAUCGUCUUCCAAAUGGUCAUGUCAAUUUUGAAAAAUUUUGGGAAUUAGCAAAACAAGUCAGUGAAUUUAUGACAUGGAAACAAGUGGAGUGUCCAUUUGAAAGGGAUCGGAAGAUUCUGCAGUAUUUGCUCACCAUCCCAGUCUUCAGUGAUGAUGCACUUUACUUGGCUUCUUAUGAGAGCGAAAGUCCUGAGAAUCACAUUGAAAAGGACAGAUGGAAGACUCUGAGGUCAACGCUUCUGGGCAGAGUCUAAUGCAAGAGAUGGCUGCUGUUUCUGCUGUUGCUACAUUUUGUGGCUCAUCAAGGGGCAUGGCGUGGUUUAUUUCUUUGUGUACUGAGCAGCGUUCAAGGUGAUGAAAACUGCAGUCAGUUGAAAUACCUUGUCAACAAAGAUGAGACAAGUUAACUCAAGAACAAACAGGCAGCUUCUCACAUCAGACAGAUGAAAUUAAAUCACAGCCCACUCUUGGCUUAACUAUUGAUUGAAGACAGCGCUGGCAGAACCCUUUGAAGAGCUCAGAUGCCGCCUAUGAAUCAUUUCACACCUGGAUGAAGUAUUUUUCCCCCUCCUUAUGCUGGAGCUAGCUGCUACAAGGACUCUGCAGAGUUAAUACUGGAUUAUGGAGGGGAAAAAAUUACCAUUCCUUUCAGUGAAAUCCAGGUUUGCAUUGAAGAACUUCAUUCAUAAUAAGCUGAAUAUAGGAACUUGGCCUGACUGGGAUUGCUAACAAGGGAAAGGACUGGACACAACGUAUUGGCUGCUGGGGAGGGAGAGUUUCUCCCCGCCACUGUAAUGGUGGCUAUUUUUUUUCUUUUUCCAUUAUGUUUUUGAGUUGGCUGCUGGCAGACAAACUCAUUAUUAAGUUAUUUAAAAAUAUAAAGUAAUAAAAAUUAAGGCUGUGGUAGAAAACACACCUGGUAGAAAAAUAUAGUAGCUCUGUAGCUUGGACUAUUUUACAACUUCUAGAGAGCUUUUUUUUUUCUUUCUUUCAGUUGUUUACAACUAACCACUACAUGCUACAGACAUUCUUAUUUUUACUAUGCUGUUUUGUUACUCUUAUUUUCCAUACUUGACCUUCUUUUAUUAUGUUGAACAAGCUGAAUUUUCUAGAAUGGUCUUUGAGAAACUGAUGUACAAGCUAUGUUAAAAUAUGAAAGUAUGUUUUUAAAUCAUUUUUAUAAUAGCUUUUUUGAGAGGGUAACAAUGGAGAACACAAUCCAGUAUGACAGAAAUAGCAAGAUGCCAAAAAGGAAAAGAAAAAAAAAAAAGAGGCUUCUUCUCAACUACAUCUGUGAACAAAGCAGUCUCCCUUUGUUUGCUUUAUGGAUUAUAGUUAUGACUGUGAAGUAGUUCACUGUGUUACACACCUAAUAAGUUUGUAGUAGCUCUGAAUAUUUAGCCACUCUAUUUAUCCUAGGAAGAACCUGAUGAGGAAAAAAAGAAACUGUAGCUGUAGAUCACCCUGGAUGUGAAAUUACUAAGCAAAGGCACAUACUUGGAAAAACAGGUAUUUGCAAUUAUCCUGCCACUGUUACUUAAAAAAAAAAAAAAAAAAAAGGCAAAGAAAUAAGAAUAAAGAUAUCUAUUUGUUGCACUGUA